AUGGGCCAGUCCAGUAACACACCGGGUGUCACAAAGGAACUCUGUUCCUGGAUUUACGGCCUCUCGCUCAACGACAUCCCCGAGGAGGUCAGGACGCGGGCAAAGUACCUGAUUCUCGAUGGAAUUUGCUGCGCGUUGGUGGGGGCUCAUCUUCCUUGGGUGGAGAAGGCUGCGAGAGCUGUGUUUUCUAUAGAGCCGCCGGGGGACUGUAUGGUGUGGGGAUACGACAAGAAACUUGGAGCGUUGCCUGCGGCGCUGUUAAACAGCACCGAAAUCCAGUCUUUCGAGCUCGAUGACUGGCAUACUCUGGCACCCCUGCACUCGAACUCCAUUAUCUUGCCCGCUCUCCUGGCAGCCGCAGGACAAAAAAGGGCCAAGACCUCCUCGAGCUUCGAUGGAACGUCGCUGCUCCUGUCGACCAUCAUCGGCUACGAAGUCGGUCCUCGCGUUGGCUUAUGUCUGUAUGGAGGCCACAUGCUGACCCGGGGAUGGCACUCCGGCACCGUCUUCGGCCACGCCGCCUCCGCCGCGGCCGUCAGCAAGCUGCUCGGGCUGCAGCAAGAUGCUAUCGAGGAUGCCCUGGGCAUGGCAUGCACGCAGGCCUGUGGGCUAAUGUCCGCGCAGUUUGGGAGUGACGUGAAACGGAUGCAGCACGGCUUCCCCGCGCGCAAUGGUCUUUUUGCGGCGCUGUUAGCUGAGACUGGGUACAUUGGAAUCAAGAACGUCUUCGAAGAGCCGUACGGCGGGUUCUUGUCUACCUUCGGCCAGUCUGGCAAGGAGCCGCCGUAUCUGGUCGAUGAGCUCACCAAGGCCUUGGGUCAGACCUGGCAAUCGGAUGAUAUUCGGGUUAAAUCGUACGCGUCGAUGGCGGGCACCCACUGCACGGUUGAUACCAUCGCCGCACUGCAACAGAAACACGCCGACAAGCUCGCGGACCUGCAGAAUAUCACCAGCAUCAAGAUCGAGAUGUCUGAGGCUGCGAUGAAGCACGGAGGAUGGACUGCCACCCGGCCUCUUUCGGCAACGGGCGCCCAGAUGUCCUGCGCAUAUGUCGCGGCUGUCCAGCUCGUCGACCGGCGGGUAUCACCACAGGAGUUUCGUCAUGAGCUGCUCGACCGCGACGUCAUCUGGGAUUUGAUCGACAAAACCGAGUGUUGCCAUACGCCCGAGCUGGGCGAGAAAUAUGAGCAGCGCGUCACUGUCACACUCAAGGAUGGGGAAGCAAUAACCGAGACCCUUCAGGCGCCUCAUGAUGUCGACCCCGGGCUGACCAACGAAGAGAUCCUGCAGAAAUUCCGCACAUUCACGGACGGGAUCAUGGCGCCUGAGCGCAGAGACCGAAUUGAGAAAAUCGUGCUGGAUCUGGAAACGAUGGAUGAUGUUUCGAUCCUUGAGAAUCUGCUGGCGGCUCCGACGAGGAGUCCCAUCGAUGUCUUCUGGUGGCUGCGAAAGACCAUUGGAAUGUUCGCAUCGGGAGCGGGGAUGCGAGUCAUCGACUUCUCCGUUCACUCCAUAGACCUUCCAUCUCCCAACAUCUACAGCCUCAUCCAUGACAUUUAA